CAAAUCGUCAGCUGCAGCCAGCAGGAGCAGAAGGGCUCAUAUCCACCAGCCCCAGCGUACGAGAGCGUAGCGUGAGCGCGAGAGCAGAAAAACGAGGAUAUCCAUGGUUUCUUAUGGUCGAGCUUCACGUUAGCCUGUAAGAACAUAAAGGAGGUGGCCAUGAACUCUGCCGAGCAGACGGUAACAUGGCUCAUCACGCUGGGGGUCCUGGAGUCGCCCAAAAAGACCGUGUCAGACCCCGAGGGCUUCUUGCAGUCCAGCCUGAGGGACGGAGUGGUGCUGUGCAGGCUGCUGGGCAGAUUACAGCCAGGAUUAAACCUCACGGUCUUUCAGGAGCCCCGGACCGACAGCGAGUGCUUGAGCAAUAUCAGGGAGUUCCUGAAGGGCUGUGCGGCUGCUUCGUUCCGUCUGGAGACGUUCGAGCCUGAUGACCUGUUCCAGGGCCAAAACUUCACCAAGGUGCUGAAUUCCUUGGUAGCGCUCAACAAGGCAACUGCGGGUAAGGGAUAUAUCGGUGUAGGAAGCGACUCUGUAUGUGUGCGACAGUCCUCCUCUCUGCGGAUCAAAUCUUUUGACUCAUUCAACACUCAGCUCUCUCACAGAAGAUCUUCCAAAACCCUACACAAUCAUUACCGCAGUCUAGACAUGUCUGAAAACAGUUCAGCUCAGUUGUUGGUGAAGGCACGGUUUAAUUUCCAGCAGACCAAUGAGGACGAGUUAUGCUUCAACAAGGGCGACAUCAUCCAGGUGACACGGCAGGAAGACGGCGGCUGGUGGGAAGGAUCGCUCAAUGGCAAGACUGGCUGGUUCCCUAGCAACUAUGUCAGGGAGGUCAAAGGAAGUGACAAGCCCAUCUCCCCCAAGUCUGGGACGCUUAAGAGUCCGCCCAAAGGGUUUGAGACUAGCGCUGUUAGCAAGACCUACUAUAACUUGGUGAUCCAGAACAUCAUGCAAACAGAGACAGAAUACUGUAAAGAAUUACAGGUUCUGCUCUCAACAUACCUCAGACUACUGCAGCCCACAGGCAGUCUGACUGUGGCCGAUAUUGCUUAUAUUCUGGGCAAUCUAGAGGAGAUCUGCUCUUUCCAGCAGACGCUGGUUCAGUCACUGGAAGAAUGCACCAAAUUUCCAGAGAGCCAGCAGAGGAUAGGAGGGUUCUUCCUUUCCCUGAUGCCUCAGAUGAAGAGCCUUUAUGUAACUUACUGCUCCAACCAUCCACACGCUGUCAGUGUACUUACACAACACAGUGAUGAGCUGGGUGAAUUCAUGGAGAGUAAAGGUGCAAGUAAUCCUGGUAUUCUCACCCUCACCACCAGCUUGAGUAAACCCUUCAUGAGACUGGACAAAUACCCCACGCUGCUCAAAGAACUGGAGAGGCACAUGGAGGAGUUUCACCCAGACCGUGCAGACAUUCAGAAAAGCCUGACUGCGUUCAAAAACCUCUCUACUCACUGUCAGGAGUUGAGGAAAAAGAAAGAGCUGGAGCUGCAGAUUCUGACGGAGCCGGUGCGUGGCUGGGAGGGAGAGGGCAUUAAGACUCUGGGCUCCGUCAUCUACAUGUCUCAGGUCUUCAUGCAGAACCACAGCAGCGAGGAGAAGAACGAGCGUUACCUGUUGCUCUUCCCUCACGUGCUACUCGUGCUCUCUGCCAGCCCUCGAAUGAGCUGCUUCAUCUACCAGGGGAAGCUUCCGCUCACAGGGAUGAACGUUAGCAAGAGUGAAGAUACAAGAAAUGCUUUUGAAAUAUGGGGGAGUAUGAUUGACAGGAUCCAGGUGAUCUGUAAUAACCAGGAGGAUCUUCAGGAGUGGGUGGAGCAUCUUCACCGCCAGACUAAACGUACAUCAACCAGCACUUCCAGUUCAAAACCACAGUCUGUGCCAUGCCAUACGCUCCCCUCUCACCCAGUCACACCGUCCCGACACUCAGAGAGUCGAGGAACAAGUGGAGCCUAUCACACGCUUCCACAUCCCUCUUCACAUGGCACCCCACACAGUACCAUGAUGUGGGGUCCUCUUGAGCCCCCCAAAACCCAGAAACCCUGGAGCCUCAGCUGUCUCAGACCAGCACCUCCACUCAAACCUUCAGCUGCUCUAUCCUAUAAAGAGGAUCUCAGUAAGAGCCCCAAGAGUAUGAAGAAGCUUCUGCACAAACGCAAACCUGAAAGGAAGCCAUCAGAUGAGGAUUUUGCUGUGAGGAAAAGCACUGCAGCCCUGGAGGAGGAUGCACAGAUCCUCAAAGUAAUUGAGGCUUACUGCACGAGUGCCAAGACACGACAAACGCUCAACUCAACUUGGCAAGGCACUGAUUUGAUGCAUAAUCAUGUGCUGGCUGAUGUUGACCAAUCGUGUGUGGAGGCUGUGGGUUGCCGCACCAGCAUGUUACGCCUGGAACCCGCAUCUGACCAAUCAGAAGACUCGGACUAUGACAGUAUAUGGACUGCCCAUAGUUACAGAAUGGGUUCCAUCUCUCGAUCGAGAAAGGAGUCAGGGCCUCACAUGCUUUUCCCUGAAGAGGAGAAGAUUAUUGUGGAAGAAACCAAGAGCAAUGGUCAAACAGUGACUGAAGAAAGGAGUCUGGUGGACACUGUAUAUGCACUGAGGGAUGAAGUUCAGGAACUCAAGCAGGACAACAAAAGGAUGAAGAGGACUCUGGAGGAGGAACAGAAGGCAAGAAAAGAGCUGGAGAAGAUAGUCAGGAGGGUAUUAAAGAGCAUGAAUGACCCCUCUUGGGAUGAGACCAAUUUAUGAAGUUGGUCACUGAUGAUUAGCCGAUAUGCAUGCAGCCCAUGCCUGGCACUGAAAGAGUACGGAGGACACUGUAGAAUGAAAACGACAUCCUAUAAUGCAGCAUGUGUGAUUGGUAUGAAGAAUCAGGCUUAACUUUUGACCAAAACAUUUUUUUUGAGCUGAGUCUGAAGUUGAAGAUGAUGGAGAUGCUAAAUGACUGAACUGGACCAGAGCUUUUCACUUUCAGUCACUGGAUUAAGGCCUGUUAUAGACUCUCUUAAGAAGUUUACCAGUGCCAAAUUUGCCAAAUGGGUAAUUUAUCCUCUGAACUGUAAGUAUAUAUCAAGGAACAGAUAUUGGAAUAAGUGGCCAAAAAUAGCUUUAGGUUAUGCCUUAAAAUUUAUUUUGGACACAUUUUAACAUGAAAUAUACUAAUAUAUAAUUAUUUGUAAGUAUGAAAAAUUUUCCCAAGAAACAUUUCUUAUUCUGGUGUUGCUGGUGUUGCUAGAACUGCUAAUAUGGCUUGCGCCACUUUUUCUUUCUGUAUUUCCACUGAAAGUGUGAAUCCAGCAAGUAAUUUUUUUGCAAAUAGCUGAUAUCACAUGGUUCUCAGUUUGAUGGUGAGUUUGACUGGGAGUCUCAGGGAUUACAAAGAAAAAAUGGUAGCCACAUCACUGCCUGGAUCCUUCACUACAGCCAGUCUUUAAGUUUAGAACUUGUAGGAAUAUAUAGCCAACACUGUGAAAAAGUGAAAUAACUUAUUUCCAGCGAGGAAACACAGCAAUACAAUACUGGAACUAUUCAGAGGAAAAAACGUUUUUUCCUUUUUUUGGGGGGGGAGAUGCUUUUUCUCAGUAUUUAUCUUGGUUAUUUUUAAUUACCUCAUUUUUCUGCAACCUUUCUUAAAGUCGAACAGGUUGUACCAUUGCAACACCAGGCAGUCAUUGACUUAUUUUAUUGUUUAUAGUGAUCUUGUUGUUUUUAAUUUGUUAUUCCUCUAAUAAAUUUGUACAGAUAUUAAUUUCUAGCCUUUAUUGCAAAAGAUCUGCAGGAAUGUGCCUUUUUUGGGAAAUGGUUUCCAGAAAUUUCUUGGCAUUUUUCUCUGCAAUUCCGAGACCAUUUGUAAGAAAACUUCAUAUGCAACUGAUAUUUGAAUAUGCAGUGCUACUUAACUGACAACUCAAGAAUCUUCCAUGUUGUUUUGUCUAAUUUAUGUAUUUAAAUGAAAUGAAAAGCCGUCUAAUGCAGAACAUUGUCUAUACUGGUUCUAUUCAGUUGUCUAUGUGGGCACCAUUUCCAGCAGACUCUUUUCUGUUCAUCCAUUUCUUCUGUCCUUUCUUUAUUUCAGUCUUACUUUCUUUCAUUUGUUCUCAGUCUCUUUCACUCUUCUCUAAUCUGUAUGAUGAUAUAUGUGGAUUAACUAAAUAAAACCUUGCUUAUUAAUUAUUUAUGCUUUAAGAUAGUGUAACUGUAUUCUUCACUAAUGAUGCAGCCACAUUCAUACUUUUGAUUUAAUCAGAAAUCCUUUUCUUUUCAACCAAGAACAACCCACACAAGCAGGCAAAUUAACAUUGGUCGGUUUCGUGGUCAGUUAAUGUCCUUCCACUAAAGCACUGGGCACUUAUGAUAUUACACCAUGCUAUUGACAUCUAGCCUAUCUUUUGACAGACUUUGUUCUCUUUGUUUUUGGGGCCAGUAUGCCUAACAGAAUAUUAGAUAUGUUUCCAGCAGACCGUACAUUAUCUCAUCAAUGAGCGGGAAAAUGUUUUAUUAUGGUUAUUUUUUUGCCAGCUGACCUAGGGCCUUGCUGACCAUGUCAUGGCAAAAACUUCUAUUCAGUUCAUCAACCAUGCUCUAUUUUUUUUCAUUUAUGAAUAUUUCUGAUAAUAAAAACUGAGCUUAGCAGUUUAUAUUUGUUGGGUGACAAAGUGAUUCUGUGGAUUACAUACCUUGGCAAGAAAAAGUAUGUUUACCCUCGGAAUCACUUGCAUUUAUGUAUAACGUCUUAAAAUAUGAUCACAAAAAUACCGCAAUUGUUCCUGUCCAUAUUGAAUUCGCCAUGCAAACAUAUAAUGUAGGACAGAAGAAGUAUGUGAUCCCCUAGGCCAGGGAUUGACAACCCAAAAGAAGAGCCACUUUGUCCUUUUAACAAAAAUCUAACCACCUUGGGAGACAACAUUGUAUGGUUAUUUUACUACCUUGGCUGUAUAUAUGUCUCAGUAUGUGCUAAUGUACUAGUAUAGACUAAAAGAUAAAUAAUAUAAAUGAAAAUGCAAAAUUUGCUCUGCUUUUAACUUUAGCUCAGCUAUAGCCACUUUUCUCACAUCUCUGGCAGGAAAAGUGAAAUAAUUUCUUGUAAAAUGUUUUUUAAAAAAUUCACCAGCUUUAUGUUAGUAUUUUCCUAUUACACCUUAAAUGGUGUCUGAGGCUUCUGAAUGUAACUGCUGCACCAUUUAAGGUGGAACGGGAGAAUUUGCUCAGGAAACUCACUUCGUCUGUGAUUUUUUUUGUGUUUGACGGCUUUUUGUUGCAGAAUAAACAUAUUAGGAAACCAGCUGGAGUGAGUAUAACUGCAAAUAAGUCUAUUCAUCUACAAAUUUUCAAUGCAAGUCUUAAAUCUUUGCCUUUUUGAAAACUACUAACUAGGCUUGAUUGUUAUCUGCAUUGCUAUGGUGACCAGCAGUCUGCACACCAAUCUUCAGGGUGAAUUAGCAGUUAUACAUUAACUCCAGCGUUUAAGACCAUUUAAUGUUAAAAUUAACAUCAUCAGAGCUUUAUUUUACUGUGAAAGAGGAUGCUUUUAUCUAAAAGUCUAAUUGAGCUGUGGAGCCUCAACAGGACAAGAGCCUCAACAGGACAAGUAAAAGAGCCGUGUGUUGCCGAGGAAAGGUAAAGGAAGAAAAGGUAAAGGCUUGAUGUAAUCGCUGAAACUGUUUAAGAUCUCUGUUCAUGAGUCUACUAUGCAAAAAAUAAAAAAAAUAAGAAACA